CGUUAUUUUGAACGUCAUUCCAUCAUCUACAGCUGAAGGGUUUCUUUGAUAUCAUCGGGUCAUCUGAGUCAUUCAAAUAGAUCCUCUAUAAUUCACAUUCCUCUCCUCACAAACCAUGGUCUUCAGCGGCAAGCCAUCUACAGCUUGCCACACCUGUCGCGAGAAGCGACGCAAGUGCGACCGCAUCCGGCCGGCCUGCACGCAAUGCUUCCGCCAGAAGAUCCCGUGUCCAGGGUACAGGGAUACUUCGGAGCUGCGCUUCAGGGACGAAACAGGCGUUGUCGCUCAUAAGGUGCAGAGGGCCAAGAAGAAGCGGCUUCCGACCCAAGACGCUUCUUGUUCAUCUACUUUAUUGGUAUCAAGCAGCGCAAUCGAGCUCCUCGAGGAGUUCAAGCUUAAUGAUGAUGUAGAAGAAAUUGUCCUGUCGCCUCUGGGUCACAAUCUGAGCAUCGAUGUGCUUGCCGAACCCACAGCGAUAACCUACUUCAUGACAUCAUUCAUUAUCGCCUCUCCAUUUCAAAACUAUCUCCCAGGUCUCUACCAGACCGAUCCACUCGCCAAGGACGCUGUCUCUUCAGCCAUCCGUGCCGCUUCAUUCGCCACCUUUGCGCUCCGAGUCAGAGAUGCCAGCUACAUGAAGACGGCUAGGUCCAGUUACGCCCUUGCCCUGGCUCAAACCAAUACUGCAUUAGCAUCUCCCAAAGAGGCAGCUCUCGAUCGAACCCUCGCUGCCGUCUUGCUGCUGGGCCUAUUCGAAGCCAUCAUCUUCGAAGGCAGGGAAUCACCAGAGAGCUGGACUGCACACACGCUUGGUGCUUUGGAACUACUUCGCCUAAGGGGCAAGCAACAGUUUCAGUCCCAGAUGGCGCAACACCUGUUCAUCCAAACUAUCACUAACAUUCGCACCAGUUGCGUGCAGAGAAUCGUCCCUGUCCCAACUGAGUGUCUCACACUACAUGAUGAAGCUAUUCAGUUUCUCAACGCCAAAGACCCAGCUCUCCGUCUUGGCCCCAUAAUAGACCGGGUUGCCAGUCUCAGAGCCCGAGCUACAGCGUCACCGGUUGCGGAACUACUUUACGAGGCCAGGGACCUCGACAACGACACGGUGGCUCUCAUGGACGGCCUAGAGGAUGAGAUGCGGUACACCAUGCGACCCAAAGAAGACACCCCUGCCUGGGCAUAUCUCGGCAUCGCUUUCCGAUAUCCCAACCAUAGAGUUGCGAAAUUCUGGAGUGCCAUUCGCAUGAUACGCAUGUUACUGAAUGAGCUCAUCUGGAGGGGAGUAUCACUCGGUUUAGAUGACCCGCAUCCCCAACUAUCGAGUAGCGGUGCUUCCUGUCACGACCCUCUCUGCAGUUGCGUAUACCUGAAAAACCUCAAGCAAAUGGCAGGCCGUAACAUGGCCGAGGUUGCGACAGGUGUGCUUGCGAGCGUCCCGGACUUUUUGGAACCUACCAGCAACCGAGGAAAGUUCUGUCCUUCUGCAAGAACAUUGAUCUGGCCGUUGAGCAUUCUCCUCACGUCUUCCGUUUAUUCAUCAUCCAUGAGGAAGUACGCCGUCGUUUUUCUGCACGAGUUGGGACGAGACCUCAAUCUCCCACAGGCAGUGGAUACAGCCAGGAUGCUUGGGGAGUCGGAAGUUGCAGAAGACUGGCUGCAUUUGUAUCAUCUUGCCUAAAUUUGGCUGAUUAGUCUUUGGCACACCAGGCAGCGAAAUAUUUAAGUCUCGUGAACAAUCUUUAUUGGUCGUUGAUUAUCGUCACUCUAAAUACAAAAGCUGUUUUGUAAUAAUGUUUAAUCGCGUUGUCUUGCUAUUUUUUUCAGGCGCUUCUUCAGUGGAAGGCAGUCUCUCAGUGCGCGACCAGUUGUGGUCCAGACUCAAACGCAACUGCCCGCUCGGAAAUGAUCAAAUAACAGACUGGUGAUCACACCGGAUUGGAUACACAUUGCAAUAUAGACG